UGACAAACAUCGGAACCUGUUGACACCGAGAGAUUUCUUGAGAUAUUAAUAUCAUGGCAAUUAUAGGAGAUGUUGCUGUUGUGAACAUGCGAUCAUUCCUUAUAUCAGUAACAUGGACGUACUUGCUCCAGCUGUUGUGCGCAAUAUGCAAUACAACAGGGCAAUGUACAGAUCCUGGGAUACCAGAUAACGGCUUUAUAAUAUCGCCCCUCAACUCAACUUUUCCUGUAAAUAAAAACACCACUUUUCAGUAUGGUUGUAACAUUAAUUACACUAUGUAUAGUUCAGACGUAAUCACGUGUAUCGACACGACGUGGGACAAGCAAUUACCAUUCUGUACAAUUUUUCAAAAUGUUGGCACGGGAGGACAAACAGCUUACCAAAGCAGCUAUCCUAAAGCAUGGGCGAAGGCUAAAUCAGCAUUGGACGGUGACUUCGAGUCGUUUACUCCGACUUCCGAGGAGUACUCACCAUGGUGGUAUGUGGACUUGGGAGGGAGCUAUGAUAUACAUCACGUGAUGAUUGGCUGCAAGGAUAUAAGCUGGUUUUUUAAUAAGCAGAUCGGAUCAGUCGUCAGAGUCGGUUUUGAUGAGACUUUCACCAACAACCAGCAAUGCGGCCCAACGGUCAGUGACAGUAUAUUUACAGCCGACUACAACAACCCAAUAAUGCUAGACUGUGGGGGACCAAUAGCAGGUCGUUAUGUAAGUGUAUCACGGGAAGGUAUAACUGAUAAACUCGCCUUGGCAGAAGUUAUGGUGCUUGCGAUAGGCACGUGUGACAUCGAUCCCGGUAUCCCAGCGAACUGUAAUCGUACAAGCGACCCUGUUCUCCCAACAUAUGUGGGAGGUCCGUCAUUAAAAUAUGAGUGUGACGAUGGAUACACCAUGUAUGGGGAUUCUGUCGUUGAGUGUGUUGCUGGAUCUACAUGGUCGUCUCCGCCCCUCUGUACAGGUAAUUGUUGA